CUAGGGCUCACCCCGGAAGGGCAGAUGUCCUAGUCGCCUGCAGGGCUCACCCCACCACAGGCAGAGCCCACGUCGUCGGCCCAGUGAAGACAGAGCUCACCCAGAAUGCAGGGAGCUGCGGCCCGUGGGGCCCGCCAGUGCCCCAACACAGUGGGUGCUCUGGGCCGGCCUGGUACCAUCCUGCUCACCUACCUGCUGUCCACCCUGGAGCUCACCUGCCUCUUCAUGCAGUUCUCCAUCCUGCCGUAUCUGUCUCGAAGACUGGGCCUGGACUCUGUUGCCUUUGGCUACCUGCAGACCACCUUUGGGGUGCUUCAGCUUCUGGGUGGGCCUCUAUUUGGCAGGUUUGCAGACCAGCGCGGUGCGCGGGCAGCACUCUCACUGUCCUUCCUAGCGGCCUCAGCCUUCUACCUGAUCCUGGCUGCCGCCUGCAGCCCAUCCCUGCCCGGGGUCAUCCUGUUAUUCGCAUCACGCCUGCCCUCGGCACUCAUGCACACGCUGCCAGCUGCACAGAUGGUCAUUACCGACCUGACUGAGCCCGAGGAGCGGCCUUCGGCACUGGGCCGGCUCGGCCUUUGCUUCGGUGUCGGCAUGAUCCUCGGCUCCCUCCUCGGUGGGACCCUGAGCACCGCGUGCGGGCUUCACUGUCCGGUCGUUGUGGCUUCCAUGGCUAACCUCCUGGGAGCCAUCCUCAGCUACACCUGCAUCCCUGACAGCACCAAAGGGGCCAGUGUUGGUGCCCAGUCUACUCAGCCAGGUGCACCCAAGCCCAGCGUGUUCGACCUGAAGGCCAUCACCCGCCUACUGUUGCUACCCGGUGUCCUGCCCGUGUUCUUUGUGAAGGUGGCCUCUGGCUUCCCCUCAGGACUCUUCAUGAUCAUGUUCUCCAUCAUCUCCAUGGACUUCUUCCAGCUGGAGGCUGCUCAGGCUGGCUACCUCAUGUCCUUCUUUGGGAUCCUCCAGAUGGUAAUCCAGGGACUGGUCAUCGGGCGACUGAGCCGAAAUUUCUCAGAGGAAGCGCUGCUCCGAGCUAGCAUACUGGUCUUUGUCGUGGUGGGAUUGGCUAUGGCACUAAUGACCAGCAUUGUCCACUUCUGCUUCUUGAUGCCCGGCUUGGUGUUCAGUAUCUGCGCUCUCAAUGUGACCACCGACAGCAUGCUGACCAAGGCUGUCUCAGCCUCAGACACAGGGACCAUGCUGGGCCUCUGUGCCUCUGUGCAACCGCUGACCCGCACCGUGGGGCCUACGAUAGGUGGCCUGCUAUACCGAAGCUUUGGUGUCCCCAUCUUCGGCCAUAUGCAAUUUGCUGUCAAUUUCUUCAUCUUCCUGUUCCUCUGGAGGAAGCCUAUAUCCCACAAGAAGGACAAAGCUCGAUGACCACGAUACCUGGGCACAGAUGGGCAAUAAAUCCUUUGAGAUGGUAUCUGACCUGA